AUGUGGUUUCCCUUAUGGCUCUUUUUGAUCAGUCCGGUACUGGGAUUGUACGAUUCUGGGGAUGAUGUAGUUUUACUAACUCCAGAAACGUUCAGUCGCGUAGAAUCUGACGAUGGCGUUUGGUUGGUUGAGUUCUUUGCCCCUUGGUGCGGUCAUUGCCAAAGGCUAGCACCUGAAUGGAAGAAAGCGGCCACCGCGCUCAAAAAUGUUGUCAAAGUGGCUGCAGUUGAUGCGGACAAACAUUCAUCCCUAUCAUCACGGUUUUCGGUUCGUGGUUUCCCUACCAUUAUGGUUUUUGGUCCUCAUUUGACCCAACCCGCUGUUUAUUCAGGAUCCCGUGAUGCAUCUGCUAUAGUCAAUGAAGGCUUGGAUCAUCUCAAGAAGGCAGUCCAUAAGCGAUUGGGUGGAGGUUCUUCUGCGAUUAAUCUGUACAUUGUUAUGUACUGUCUAGCUCUGAUAAUUAAUUUCCUCUGUUUACAGGGUAGUGGGAGCUCCGGCGAUAGUGCUGUCAUUGAGUUAACAGACAACACAUUUGAUGAGAAAGUUCUGAACAGUAAAGAACCAUGGCUUGUGGAAUUCUAUGCACCCUGGUGUGGACAUUGCAAAAACCUGAAACCUCAUUGGGAGAGCGCAGCGAGAAAGCUUAAAGGUGUAAUGAAUUUAGCAGCUGUGGACGCCACUACUCAAACCCGUCUUGCACAACUGUUCGGUAUUCAAGGCUUUCCUACAAUCAAAUAUUUUCCACCCAAUUCAAGUGCGAAUGAUGCAGUUGAUUACACCGGUGGCCGUUCAACCGACGACAUCGUCCAAUGGGCAGAAGAAAAAGCUUCUGAAGCACAACCGCCUCCGGAGCUGUACGAAAUAGUGUCCCAGGAGGUUUUCCAAGACGCGUGUGAAAAUCACCCACUUUGCGUGAUUGCCGUUGUGCCGUUAUUGUUGGAUUGUGACUCAAAAUGCCGUAAUGAUUAUUUGGAUUUGAUUCGAUCCGAAUCGUUGAAGUUCAAGCAGCAAAAGUGGGGUUGGAUUUGGGCGGAAGGGACAAAACAACCCAGAAUGGAGGAGGCGCUUGAGGUUGGCGGUUUUGGCUAUCCGGCCUUGGUUGCCAUGCAUGGACGCAAGAAACAGCGAGUGACAAUGCGUGGUCCAUUCAAUCAGGAAGGUGUUCAUGACUUCCUUUUGUCGAUCUCGUUGGGUGGCAUGAAAUUGCAACUGUUCCCAGUCAGUGAGAUGCCUGUAAUUGAGCCUGUCGAACCGUGGGACGGUAAAGAUGCUAAAGUAACCGACAAUUAUCGUUUUCUCCCGCCCCCAUUUAUCUUGGUGUUUGAAACACAGCCAAUCGAGGAAGAGGAACUUGAUCUGGAUGACAUAAAACUGGAGCUCUAA